CUGAAGAAGGAAUUGAAUCUGCCUGCUUUGACAUGAAGAAACUGUUUGGACUCCCACCCAAGGAAUAAAACGAAGGGACUUCCUGCGUGCCAACAGUGAGAAAGCGUUGACACUGUGUGACAACUCUCAGAAAGAUCUUGUUCUGUCAGGAGAGUUACAGCUGCAGGCCAUCACUCUGCAAGGGGGAUAUUGCCACCGCAAAGUGAAUUUUAAAAUGUCCCGGUACAUCCCUUUCUCCGUCCCUCCUGGUGACUCUCCUGGUCUGAUUGUCGUCCUGUCUAUCAACAACAACCUGUACAUGUCUUGCCGCAUGGAAGAUAAUAAAGUUGUGCUGUUUCUGGAGCAAUACCAUGAUGACAUUUUAACCGACAGAGACAUGGACCGAUUUCUCUUCUACAGGAAAACCACUGGAAUUUCUCUAACCACUUUUGAGUCUGUCAAGUUCCGCGGCUGGUACAUCAGCACUUCACAACAGGAAAACCAGCCCGUUGAACUGUGUAAGGUGGAUGCUGCCAACCGCCUUACAAGCUUCAGAGUAAACUAAAAGAUGUUGUAGCACCCACGCAUCUGUAUAAUUUUUGACAUAAUCACUAGAUGAAGCAAUUUUAUAUAGUAAUGCCUGAGUCUGUAGUGGCAGUGUUCUGUACUUAUUGAAGUAGAAAAGCUUAUGACCUAGUGUAACCUAUCAAAAGCACUAUUACUUUAUAAUACAUUUACUUACAACAUACUUAAAAAUAAACAAAGAAAAAAAAUUGGAAAACACAUGCCUUCUUUGUUGGAGAAAAUUGUAACAGGAUAUUCCUUAAAACUACUGAUAUAUUUUCUUUUUUUCUAAAAAGCUAUUAUCUUUAUGUUUAAGUUUAUGCUAUUGCUGUGGCUUUUUAGCCAUUAAUGCUCUGAUUUAAGUCUUCUGCAGUUUUUUUGUACUAAGACCUUUAGAGGUUAAGCUUUUCCUUUUCUGAUAUCAGCUGGUGUUGUGGGUUAAAAAAAUACUGUUAUAUAUUUAUUUUUUGAAUUUCCUCCUUGUUAGCUUGUAUUUUGUAUUGUUUUAAAACCUCUUUUUGUGAAGAGCGUAUAUAUCUUUAAGAACUUGUAAUGUGUCUUCUCUAACCAGUGUAAGGAUUUCAGUACCAUAUUAAAACAAACAAAGAGGGUAGUUUCAACUGGUAGAUCCAAUUAUCUGAGAACAAAAAGUAAAAUUAAUUAACUGUUUGGUAAGAAAAUGGGUUGUGAGAGCCUACUUUAGAAAUCUGCAAAUAAAUAAUACCCUAAUCUGCUGUACUUCCUACCUACAGAUCUUCCUACAAAUCUUGGGAUAUAAUUUGGGAAAUUACUCUUCAUCAGCAAUCCAUUCACUUGAGCAUUGUUGUAAAAGCCGCAUUGUGAACUUACAAUGCGGCUUUUACAACAAUGCCGCAUUGUGAACUUACAGCUAUGACAUUUUCAUGUCAUAGCUGUUGUAAGCUUUAGGACCAAGUGAUAACUGCUACAUCUGAUUACCUGUGAAUUACAUAUACAUUCAUUUCUUGGAGAAAUGUUGUUUUUGCAUUUAUUCAGGAUUUAUUCAAGACACAUGCCUACAGGAGCCUUUUCUUCAGUACUAUGUAAAUCUCAAGUGAAGGAAAGAAAAGCAUUGUAUAUGAUUGACAGGGUAUUUUUUUUUUUAAAUUAGGUUUUGUGAAAUUAUAUAUACUGAUUAUGAUUUAUCUGUAUUUUGUUGCACUAUAUCUUACAUUUGGUGUCUAAAAUCUUGUAACUGCAUGUAACUGCAUUCUCAUAAUUUCUCAAAUAAAGAAUGCUAAUUUUGCAUAUUUAAAAUUUAACUUGAUCACCUUUGGUAAUCUUAAAUUUAUUGCACUUGAUCUGUUAAAAACAUUUAGUAUGAUUGUUAAUCGGUCCUGAUAUUUAUGAAAUUUAUAUUUGUGUAAUUGAUUGACUGAUGAAAAUGUCUUGAGACGACGCGGAGACUCUAGCAACAUUUUAAUGUAAUGAUAAACAUCCUUAUUAAGUGACCAACGCAUUUCGGCUAACUGCCUUCAUCAGAGUCAUUGUAAAAUGUGAAACAGUUUGUGUUCAAAUAAAAGACAGGAAACAGA